AUGCCCAACCAAACUCGGCCGGCACCCGGGACCUUCCCGCCGGCCACCAUCCCGGUGGUCAUGUUCAUCUUCGGGGUGGUGGGGAACGUGACGGCCAUCGUGGUGCUGCGCAUCUCGCGCAAGGAGCAAAAGGAGACCACCUUCUACACUCUGGUGUGCGGCCUGGCAGUCACCGACCUGCUGGGCACGCUCCUGGCCAGCCCGGUCACCAUCGCCACCUACACGCGCGGGGGCUGGCCCGGCGCCGAUCCGCUUUGCCAGUACUCGGGCUUCGUCCUGCUCUUCUUCUUCCUGGCGCAACUUUGUAUCCUGUGCGCCAUGUCCGUGGAGCGCUACCUGGCCAUCAACCACGCCUACUUCUACAAGGAGUACGUCAACCAGCGGCUGGCGGCGCUGGCGUUGCUCGCCAUCUACGUCAGCAACGCCGGGCUGUGCGCGCUGCCCGGCAUGGGUCUCGGCGAAGUGAAGCUCCAGCGGCCGGGCAGCUGGUGUUUCAUCGACUGGCACGGCGGUGGCAAUCGCACCUCGGUGGCUGCCUUCAACUUGGCCUACGCCGGCGUCAACGCCGCCGUGGUGCUGGCCACCGUGGUGUGCAACGUCAUGGUGUGCGGCGCGCUCAUCCUCAUGCAUCGCCGUUUCAUCCGACGCACGUCGCUGGGGGCCGACCGGCGACGCCGGGACCUCCACGACGACGCGCCGCUGCGCCGCCGCCGGUCCAGCUUGGGACGGCUGGCCGGAGCCGAGAUCCAGAUGGUCAUCCUGCUCAUCGCCACCUCCGCCGUGGUGCUCGUCUGCUCCAUUCCCUUGGUGCUGAGGAUCUUUGUGAACCAGCUGUCCAGCAACCAAAACGAAGAGUCGACAGGGCUCAACAAAGACCUGUUGGCCAUCCGCAUGGCCUCCGUCAACCCCAUCCUGGACCCGUGGGUGUACAUCCUUCUGCGGAAGACGGUGGUCCUCACGCUCAUGGAAAGGAUCAAGUGUCUAUUCUGCAGGAUGGGGCGUGGCCGGCAAGGUCACGCCGCUCAUUUCCGCUGCGCCGGCGUCCGCCUGUCGUCGUCAUCUAGCGUCUCGCCGGAGUCUCCGAAGAGAGACGGCAGAACUCUGACUAGGUGUCCCACGGAGGGGGAGCGGGCGGAGAGCUCGAAGACGGCUUUGCAAGUGUCGCUCACGAACGGGACGGCGAACGUCCAGGAGAGAUGUAUCUGA